GUGAGCUCUCUGGUUGUUUGUUGUUGCUGCAGAGAGAAGUCAGCCUGACAACAUGAGAGCUCUGGCCCUGCUUGUGUGCCUGUCAGUCGGCUGCCUGGCUCAGAGGCCCCAGCCAUGCUCCUCCCCAGCUUUGCUGACUGGUUCCCUUACUAUAUCGACCCAAGAUGAGAAAUGGGUAGCCGUUGCCAAGUACAUUUAUGAUGCCCUGGGACAGCGUAUAUGUCUUAGAGAAAUCGGAUCCUACGAUAACAAAACUUUCACUCUGAAUGUGCUUCUUCUGUACAGACAGGGAGUUCUGUACAAGAUCAGCGAGAGAAACAAAACGUGCGAGAAGAAGCGUCUGAACAGAGAUUUCCAUCCACUGGCCAUUCCAAAGGAUGCUAACCUGCUGGGUCAGGCUGUGUUGGGCAGCUCUUCAGGACCUGGACAGGGAGUCCUGGUAAACACAUGGAUCGGCCAGUUAGAGAUGAAAAACAGAACAGCAAAGUACAUGAGCACUGUGACUGAGUUUGGCUGUGUUCCAAUCAGCACUCUGGUCCAUACCCCAAAAAAUGGAUGGAUGGUGACCAGGUCAGUGAAUUUACUCCAGCCUGACAUGUUAAACUCCGAACCUGAGGAGGAGGAGGAGGAUGCUGAUGAUGAAGAGGGCAACAACCAAGACGAGAGGGAUGAACGGGAGGAUGACGGACGGAGGGAUGACGGCGAUGCGCUAUUUUCUCUGGACUCUUGUGCUGUGCUCGCUCUCCUCGCGCGCUCAAG